AUGGCUUCAAGGUUACUUCGUGGAACUGGAGCAUUGGCCGCUCAGGCCUUGAGGGCCCGCAGUCCCAGUGGGGUCGCCGUCGUGCGCUCGAUGGCGUCUGGAGGUGGUGUGCCUACCGAGGGUGAUCAGGCGCCAGGGCUGGAGCGGGAGGUCAUGACGGCUGCUGGGAAAGGCCAGGAUCCAUACAAUAUGCUUGCUGCAAAGGCAGCUGCAGACACUAAGGAAGAUCCUGAUUUAGUUCCCUCCAUCACCAAUAAGCGAACAGUAGGCUGCAUCUGUGAAGACAACAGUGCUGGGAUCUGGAUUUGGCUACACAAAGGUGAUCCUAACUCUGGGAUCCAUUGCAAGCUGGUGCCCCACCAGUUAGCUCACUGA